GUCCAUGUCUCCCGAGAGUGAAGUGUUGGAGGCCGAACCACGUCUCUUGGGUACCUCUAUUACGUGGCACUUUGGCCGUUGGCGUACACUAAGACUCGCUUACAGCGACGGCUCUUCAAGAUGCACGCUAAUUCCCCACAGAGUCAGCAUAGAUCGUGCCGUACAGUGGCACGUGAAAAAGCCACCUGAGGGCAUACCCCCAAGAAAAUCAGAUCAGUGGCUUGUAAGAAUCAUAUAGUGAUGAUAAAAUAAUCCUGCGAUAAUAUCCAGCACACUGCCCUAAUCAACAUAGUUUGAAUUACCGCUAACCACGGAGAGUACUUAUGGACCCUGGAACCCCGUUAUAGGUGCUCCUCCACCUCUAAGGACGAGUAUCCACCCACCAGACACAACUAUAGAG